AUGCCCUCUCUCCCGUCUCUCGCACAGAUUUACAAAGACGCCAACGCAGCCGGCACCGCAAGCGACCUCACGGCGCGCGACUUGAGACGCUUGUUGGCUGAGACGGGCUGGACUUGCUCCGACGAGGAGUGGAAGGAGAAAGGGCUGAGGGACGAGGCGAAGGCGGUUUGGGGCGAGCUGGUGGCCAACGACGGCGAGGGAGACGCGUCUUCGCCUCCUCCGGCCAAAAAGCGCAAGACGAGUACGGCUGCAAAGGACGAGGACGGGGCGCAGGAGAGGAAGGGCGGGAAGAAGAAGAUGGGGGAGAGGAGGAGCAAGUACGAGCGAGCGGCCGACCGGAACUUCGAGACCUUCGCAGCGGCCAUGGUUGACGAAGUCGUCGAAGGACUCGCCGGAGGCGCCGCAGCUGUCGCCGCCGCUCUCGGUCCCGGCGGGUUGGACGAUUCUGACGAGGAGGAGGAAGACGAAGACUACGCUGGUUCCUCGUCUGGCUCCUCGCCUCCCUCACCGUCGAAGAAGGGGAAGAAGCCGUCGGCUUCCUCGUCCGACUCUGGUUCUUCCGACGACGACGACGAUUCGGGAUCCGUCGCCUCGUCGAGCGCUGCCAAGAAGGGCAAGGGCAAGGCGAAGGCGGCGAUGAACGGGAAGGGCAAGGCUAAGGCUGCGCCGGCGAAGAAAGGCGGGAGGAAGGGCAAGGCGCCCGCAGGAGGCUUCAAGAGCGCCGAGUUGAUUGCCGACUCGGACGACUCGAGUAACGAGCUACCUCCGUCGAAGGCGAUCGAUGACAGCAGCGACGAGGACGGCGGAUCGAAGAAGAAGGGCAAGAAGCGCGCGAGUUCGGUCGGGAGCGGAGCAUCGAAGGGAAAGGGAAAGGCGGACAAGCCGAAGAAGGAGCGUAAGCCGCCGGCGCCGAAGCCUGGAGACGCGGAGAAGGGCACGGAGGAGGAGGAAGAGAGGAUCAAGAAGCUCAAGGCCCUCCUGACCGCCGCCUCCGGCCCGCGCGCCUUCUCCGCCUCGACCGGCGCCGAACGCACCCUGACCGCCGCCCGCCGCAUCGAGAUUCUCGAGAACCACCUCGCCAAGCUUGACCUGCCCGUCAAAAACGGCAAGUUGCCGACGAUGGCCAAGGCGAAGGAGAUUGGAGAGCAGAGGCAGCUUGAUAAGGAGAUGGCUGAACUCGGCGGCAACCCUCUUCACGCCGGCUUGCGCGACGGCAAGCAGAUCACCGCAGACUCGGACGAGGACGUCGCCAGCGGUCCUUCCAAGAAGAAGCUCGCAAGCAGUUCGGCGCGCAAGAAGGAUGUUGCGAUGGAAAGGAAGAAGUUUGCGGCGUUCCUUGGCGACCAGUCGAGCGACUCGGAUUGA